AGUCUUUACUGGAACGAAGCUGUCAGAGUGAGAGUCGGUGAAUUUUGUUUUUCACCUGAAUAUAAUUGCACGUUUUCUUGUUAAUAAAGACUGAAAGUGCAUUGCAAUGAAGAUGAAUAUAACAUCAGCAGCUGGGAUUAUUUCCCUAUUGGAAGAACCAAUGCCUGAGCUGAAAGUCUUUGCUUUGCAAAAGCUAGACAUGAUUGUGGAUGAAUUUUGGCCAGAAAUUUCUGAAGCUAUUGAAAAAAUAGAAAUUCUCCAUGAAGACAAAAGCUUCAGUCAACAUGAAUUAGCAGCCUUAGUAGCAAGCAAAGUUUACUAUCAUCUUGGUAGUUUUGAAGAUUCCUUAACUUAUGCUUUAGAAGCUGGUGAAUUAUUUGAUGUUAAUGCUCGUAAUGAAUAUGUUGAUACAAUAAUUGCUAAAUGUAUUGAUCAUUACACCCAAUUACGAGUACUAGAAGCUGAAGGAGAUUUACCAUCUGACAAUAUUGAUCCUUGUCUUGAAGGUAUUGUUAAUAGAAUGUUCCAGCGAUGCUUGGAUGAUUCUCAGUAUCGUCAAGCUCUAGGUCUUGCAUUGGAAACUCGUCGAAUGGACAUUUUCGAAGCAGCAAUAAUGCAAUCCGAUGACGUAGCUGGAAUGCUAUUAUAUGCUUUUCAAGUUGCAAUGAGCUUAAUCCAAAAUCGUGGUUUCCGGAAUACUGUUCUUCGUUGUUUAGUUCGACUAUAUCGUGAUCUGGGAACUCCAGACUACGUGAAUAUGUGUCAAUGUUUAAUUUUCCUUGAUGAUCCACUUGCAGUUGCUGAAUUGCUCGAUAGAUUGAGCAAAGGAUCACAAGAUAAUGUACUAAUGGCAUACCAAAUUGCUUUUGAUUUAUACGAAUCAGCAACGCAGCAGUUUUUGGGUCGUGUUCUCCAAGCUUUGCGUGCUACAGCUCCAAUUCCAAGUGCUUUGAUCGUAAAACCAAUCGUGAAACCAACAAAAGCUAGUACUUCUGAACCUAGUGAAUCAACGUCUUCUACUGAAACAGAUAAUUUGAUAACUGAAGAAAAAUCAGAAAGGAGUGUAGAAAGUUUAACAAAAGAAGAAAGAGAGCAGCAAGAAAGAGUUGAUGCUUUAUCGAGCAUCCUUGGAGGAGAAGUUUCAAUUGACCUUCAUCUUCAAUUUCUCAUUAGGAGCAACCACACGGACAUGUUGAUUCUCAAAAACACCAAAGACGCUAUUAGAGUGUCCAUUUGUCACACUGCCACGGUUAUAGCAAACGCUUUUAUGCAUUCUGGAACCACCAGCGAUCAGUUUCUGAGAGACAACUUAGAGUGGUUAGCCAGAGCUACUAACUGGGCAAAAUUAACAGCAACCGCGUCAUUAGGAGUAAUUCAUCGAGGACAUGAACAAGAAGCUUUAGCUUUGAUGCAGUCUUACUUACCAAGAGAUACUGGUGCUGGUGCUGGAUAUUCAGAAGGUGGUGGGCUAUAUGCUUUAGGUCUCAUUCAUGCUAAUCAUGGUGCAACGAUUACCGAUUAUUUACUUGGGCAGCUGAAAGAUGCACAAAAUGAGAUGGUCCGACAUGGAGGGUGUCUUGGAUUGGGUUUAGCAGCAAUGGGAUCACACAGACAAGACGUAUACGAACAAUUGAAAUUCAAUUUGUACCAAGAUGACGCAGUGACAGGUGAAGCAGCUGGUAUAUCUAUGGGGAUGGUAAUGCUUGGUUCCAAAUCAACUCAAGCUAUUGAAGACAUGGUCACGUAUGCUCAACAAACUCAGCAUGAAAAGAUACUACGGGGAUUGGCCGUUGGAAUUGCGUUUACAAUGUACGGACGUCUGGAAGAAGCUGAUCCUCUCGUCGAUUCUCUAUGUGCUGACAAGGAUCCAAUCUUGAGAAGAAGUGGAAUGUACACUAUUGCUAUGGCUUACUGCGGAACUGGCAAUAAUCAAGCGAUUCGCAAGCUUCUUCAUGUUGCUGUGUCUGAUGUAAAUGAUGACGUUCGUCGUGCUGCAGUUACAGGACUAGGUUUUCUGCUGUUCCGAACUCCAGAACAAUGUCCAAGUGUCGUAUCUCUUUUAGCAGAAAGCUAUAAUCCUCACGUAAGAUAUGGAGCAGCAAUGGCAUUGGGGAUAGCUUGUGCUGGAACAGGGCUCAAAGAAGCGAUCGCAUUACUCGAUCCAAUGACCAACGACCCUGUUAACUUUGUACGACAAGGAGCCCUUAUUGCUUCUGCCAUGAUCCUUAUUCAACAGACUGAGGCGACUUGUCCUCGCGUCAAAGAUUUUCGAGCACUUUACGCUAAGGUCGUCGUUGACAAACAUGAGGAUGUAAUGGCCAAGUUUGGUGCUAUCUUAGCGCAAGGAAUUAUCGAUGCUGGUGGCCGCAAUGUUACAGUAUCUCUUCAAUCACGAACUGGACACACUAACAUGUUGGCAGUAGUUGGAGCUCUAGUAUUUACCCAGUAUUGGUAUUGGUUCCCUCUAACCCAUUGCCUUGCCCUAGCUUUCACUCCAACCUGCAUCAUCGGUCUCAAUGCGCAAUUGAAAAUGCCUAAAUUUGAGAUUCGUUCAAAUGCACGGCCAAGUAUUUACGCAUAUCCAGCUCCACUUGAAGAGAAGAAACGUGAGGAACGUGAGAAAGUUCAAACUGCUGUUUUGAGUAUUGCUGCAAGAGCACGACGUCGAGAAUCUGAGAGACGAGCUAGACAUUAUGAAAUGAUGGAAGUGGAUCCUCCUGCAGCAGAUAAUAAGGAAAAUCCAGAAACGCCGUCCACAUCUUCCUCUUCAUCGAGCAAAACUGAAGCCAAGAAAGAUGAGAAGGAUAAAGACAAGAAAGAUGAUAAAGAUAAAAAAUCCAAGGAAGAUGAUAAAGAUAAAUCUGAGAAGAAGGAACCUGAACCGAACUUUGAAAUUCUUCAAAACCCUGCUCGCGUUCUUCGCCAACAACUAAAAGUCGUUCAGAUGGUUGAAGGAAGCCAGUAUGCACCUGUCAAAGAUCUUCAAAUUGGAGGCAUUAUCAUGAUGAAACACAUUAAACCAGAUAGUGAAGAAGAAUUAGUCGAACCAGUUGCUGCUUUUGGACCAAAACCCGACGAAGAGAAAGAAGCUGAUCCUCCAGAGCCUUUUGAAUACAACGAGGACUAAACAGUAACAAAAACAUCUAUAAAUAAAUUACAUCAAGAUAGUAAAAUUACAAUAAAUAUAUUUCAUGCAUUA